GGCGAACCGGACGACACUUGUGCUUCCUCCCGCUAAGCCCCGCCUCCACGUUUCCGUGCAUUGGCGCGCUUCGCCUCCGUGGCUCUCUGCUCCUCCCCGGGUGGUGUUGGUCUAACUGUGUAGCGGGCUGCGGGUGGAAACACGUCAGGGAUGAGUGCGGCCGGUAUUGCUCGGUCCGGUUCGGCCGCUGGCCCCGUGCAGCAGGGGCUAAAAGAGGCUCUGAUUGAGACGCUGACGGCCAUCCUGUCCCCGGUCCAAGAAGUGCGCGCCGCCGCGGAGGAGCAGGUCAAAGUGCUCGAAGUGACAGAAGAGUUUGGCGUCCAUCUGGCGGAACUCACAGUCGAUCCUCAGGGAGCGCUCGCUAUCCGUCAGUUGGCGUCGGUCAUCCUGAAGCAGUAUGUUGAAACUCACUGGUGUUCCCAGUCGGAGAAAUUCAGGCCUCCCGAAACUACCGAUCAGGCCAAAGCCGCCAUCCGGGAGCUGCUGCCCGGCGGUUUGCGGGAGGCCAUCAGCAAGGUGCGCUCGAGCGUUGCGUACGCCGUGUCGGCCAUCGCCCACUGGGACUGGCCCGAGGCCUGGCCACAGCUCUUCACGCUGCUGAUGGAGAUGCUGGUCAGCGGGGACGUCAAUGCUGUGCACGGGGCCAUGAGGGUCCUCACAGAGUUUACUCGGGAGGUGACGGAUACUCAGAUGCCGCUGGUGGCUCCGGUCAUCUUACCUGAAAUGUACAAGAUCUUCACCAUGGCUGAGGUGUACAGUAUUCGCACGCGAUCCAGAGCAGUGGAGAUAUUCACCACCUGUGCCAACCUCAUCUGUGCUAUUGAAGAGCUUGAGAAGGGUGCAGCGAAGGCGCUCAUCUUCCCCGUGGUGCAGCAGUUCACGGAAGCGUUUGUGCAGGCUCUGCACAUGCCCGAUGGACCCUCGUCCGAUAGCGGCCUAAAGAUGGAAGUGCUCAAGGCGGUAACGGCGCUGGUGAGGAACUUCCCCAAACCGAUGGUUUCCUCCAUGCAGCAGAUAUUACCCAUCGUAUGGAAUGCGCUGACUGAAAGUGCAGCUCUUUAUGUGAGAACAGAAGUCAACUACACAGAAGAAGUGGAUGACCCGGUGGACUCGGAUGGUGAGGUUUUGGGUUUCGAGAAUCUGGUGUUCAGCAUCUUCGAGUUUGUGCACACGCUGCUGGAGAACAACAAGUUCAAGAGCACGGUGAAGAAGGCGCUGCCCGAACUCAUCUACUACGUCAUCCUGUACAUGCAGAUCACGGAGGACCAGAUCAAAGUCUGGACUGCGAACCCUCAACAGUUUGUUGAGGACGAGGAUGAUGAUACAUUCUCCUACUCAGUCAGGAUCUCUGCUCAGGACCUGCUGCUGGCCGUUGCCGCAGAGUUCCAGAAUGAGAGCGCCGCGGCGCUGGCGGCGGCAGCGACCAGACACCUGCAGGAGGCGGAGCAGGCCAAAAACAGCGGCAAUGAGCACUGGUGGAAGAUCCAUGAAGCCUGCUUGUUGGCCCUUGGCUCCGUCAAAACCAUCAUCACGGAGAACGUGAAGAACGGCCGUAUCCAGUUUGACAUGCACGGCUUCCUGGCCAACGUGAUCCUCGCCGAUCUCAACCUGCCAGCGGCGUCUCCGUUCCUCCUCGGCCGCGCUCUGUGGGCGGCCAGUCGCUUCACGGCCGCCAUGUCCCCCGAACUCAUCCAGCAGUUCCUUCAGGCCACCGUCAGCGGCCUCCACGACAACCAGCCGCCCUCGGUCCGCAUAUCCGCCGUCAGGGCCAUCUGGGGGUAUUGCGAUCAGCUGAAGCUGUCAGAGAGCACCCACGUCCUCCAGCCCUUCCUCCCCAGCAUCCUCGAGGGACUGGUCCAACUGGCUGCCCAGUUCAGCUCCGAGGUGCUGACGCUCGUCAUGGAGACUCUGUGCAUCGUCUGCACCGUCGACCCGGCCUUCACCACCAGCGCCGAGAACAAAAUCUGUCCCCUCACCAUUGCUAUUUUCCUUAAAUAUAACAAUGACCCCGUCGUGGCGUCUCUGGCUCAGGACAUCUUCAAGGAGCUGGCACAGAUCGAAGGCUGCCAGGGCCCCAUGCAGAUGCGUCUCAUCCCCACGCUGGUCAGCAUCAUGCAGGCCCCCCCCGACAAGAUCCCCGCCGGACUUUGUGCCACGUCGAUCGACAUCCUCACCACUGUCGUCCGAAACACCAAACCCCCCCUCUCGGAGAUGCUGGUGUGCCAGGCGUUCCCCGUGGUGGCCCAGUGCAGCUUACGCACCGACGACAACGCGGUGAUGCAGAACGGAGGCGAGUGUCUGCGGGCGUACGUCUCCGUCGCCCUCGAGCAGGUGGCUCAGUGGAGGGACGAGCAGGGCAACAGCGGCCUCUGGUACGUCAUGCAGGUGGUCAACCAGCUGCUGGACCCCCGGACCUCCGAGUUCACGGCCGCCUUCGUGGGCAGGUUGGUGUCCACGCUCAUCUCUCGGGCGGGAACGCAGCUCGGGGAGCAGCUGGACCAGAUCCUCCGAGCGAUUCUGAGCAAGAUGCAGCAGGCCGAGACUCUGAGUGUCAUGCAGUCCCUGAUCAUGGUGUUUGCCCACCUGGUUCACUCCCAGCUGGAGCCUCUGCUGGAGUUCUUGUGCAGUCUGCCCGGCCCGACGGGGAAGCCCGCCCUGGAGUUUGUCAUGACGGAGUGGAUGAGCAGGCAGCACCUGUUCUACGGACAGUACGAGGGUAAAGUCAGCACGGUGGCUCUCUGUAAGCUGCUGCAGCACGGCCUCAACACUGACGACAAACGCCUCCAGGACAUCGUGGUGAAGGGAGAAGAGAUCUACGGCCACGAAGACGGAAUCCGCACGCGCUCCAAAUCCGCCAAGAACCCAGAGAGGUGGACCAACAUUCCUUUGCUCGUGAAGAUCUUCAAGCUGAUCAUCAACGAGCUGUCGACUGUAGUGGAGGCAAACACCAGCAGGGCGAACGGCGCCGACUGGAGUCAAGAUUCCAGCGGCAUGUGGGACGAAGAUGAAGGCGGUGGCGGCGACGACGAUGACGAGGAGGAUGAGGGCCUCGCCGGGCAGCUGCUUUCUGAUCUCAUCUCUUCGAAGAAAUACGAUGAUGAUUAUUACGAGGAUGACGACGACGAUGAUGAUGAUGCGGAUGCCUUGAAAGACCCCAUCUAUCAGAUUGAUCUGCAGGCGUACCUGACGGACUUCCUGACGCAGUUUGCCCAGCAGCCGUGUUACAGCAUGUUCUCGGGCCACCUCACCGCCGUCGAGAGAGAAACCCUGCAGUCUAUAGGCCUCUAGCCCCGCCUCCCGCCGCUCCAAGACGCCUUCGACCAGCUAAUCUCGCCCCAUGCUGCCUCGUCGAUGAUGCCCCUCGCGAUGAAUUUGAAAACGGGGCGAAGAAUGAGGAGAAACGGGAUGAGGCCCCUGAAAGGGGAAGGAUACCGGGUUGAAAGAGGUGGACAUGCACUUACCCAGAACUCCCCAGUUUCUACGGUUUUUUUCGUGAUUGGAUGAAGGACUUUGCCGACGUUAAAGCGAGGAGGAUGAAGAUGUAAGCAACUGCCUAUAGGUCAGUUCUUGAAGGUCAAAGGACAUUUUAGCGAAAUCACAGACCGGCCGAAAGGAUUGAACAGAAAGGUCAAGGCUUAACAGUUGGACAGGUGAACCAGGAAAUAUGAACGGACUAUUUUGCCACGUUCUAUUUGUAACUUAGGCUAUUGUUUUUUUUGUUAUUGUAUAAAGAGUAAAAUUGCGACAUGGAAGAACUCUUGGGAGAGAAUAUAUGCUAAUUGGAGGAUAUUUAAACAAACGACCAUCUUUGGGGAAAGGAGAGAAACAUUGGCUGCCUUAUUCCAGAAAAAAAAGUUUCUGAUAGCAAAAUUUAAAGCUCUUUGGCCAGAUACCAUGUCUCAGGGUUCAGUGGGUAUGUGGGGAAAUUCAGUGUACCCAUUGAAAUUUUCAAUGGAAAACAUUUCUAAAUAAAAGUCCCGAUGGGACAACCUUUCCAGA